AUGCCGGCGCCCAGGCCUCAUACUCAAGGAAUGACAAACCAGUACAGUACAUCGUCUGCCCCAACUCUAAGACUGCUAUGCUCUAUAUCAGGUGGUACCAACCGAGCUCACUGGGAGGACGUUACCGAAAACACACCCCUCACAUUUGUUAAUGACUGUGUGUCGUUCACUACAACGGUAUCAGCAAGAUACUGGCUAAUCGAUUGCCGGCACAUCGAGGACGCCACUAAAAUGGCUACAGAAUUAUACAGGGAAGCAAUUCACGUUCCAUUUAUGGCCAAAUUCGUGGUUUAUGCCAAACGCACUGAUGAAUGCCAAGCACAACUUCGUAUGUUUUGUGUUACCGACGAUAAAGAAGAUAAAGCAUUAGAACGCAUUGAACGGUUUAUUCAAGUUGCUAAGAGCAGAGAUGUAGAGGUCCAUGAAGGAAAACCAAUUUAUUUAGAAUUUGGUGGGAACCUAGUACCUGUGGCAAAAUCAGGGGAACAAUUAUCAAUACCUUUCCGAGCCUUCAGAGAAAACAGAGUUGCUUUUCCGGUAAUGAUCAAGACUCAAGACUUGGAGCCAAUCUGCAGGUGUCAAUUCAUGAGAGAUCCUAAGGUUCCUAAAGGUGAACCAUCACCUACGCCGAUCGCAAUACUAAAUAUUAUGGUCCCUGAUGAUAUGCCAGUGGAAAGAAUUAGCCCCCAACUGACAGACACAGAAAUACCAAGACGCACGGAAGAGCAAGAACUCAUCUGGAGACAGCGACUCAGUGAUCCAAGGUUGGAAGAUAUCUGUAACUUACUUGGCAAAGACUGGGUAGCACUCGCUUACGAACUAGGUGUAAGUGUGGCUACUGUAAAUCAAAUACAAGCUAAAAGGAUUACUGCUGCGGAACAAGCCCAACUGAUGCUGAAACUUUGGAAAACUCAAUCAGGAACCAAAGCUCAGGAUACAUGCCUCGAACUUGCUUUGUGCCGUAUUGGUCGAGAUGAUAUAAUUGCACCUCAAUCUGAUGUGACCAAUGAAAGACGAAUUCAGCGUAAUAUUUACCAAGAGAGGCAAGCAUCGGAAGAAAUUGAAGCUUAUAAAGCUGAAGAAGACAAUAAGCUCAAAGAUAAGCUUUAUGAUGAGAAUCAUAUUGAAGAACAUCUAACGAGGGACUUAGAACAAGAUCACGAAGACGAAGCUAAAUAUUCUCCAGAGGAAAAAUCUAUAAUAGAGAAGAGUGAAAUAGAACGCACUCCAACACCAAGUGAAGAUAGUGAAGAGGAUGAAGAUACCGUUGAAGAAGAAAAAGAGAUCGAAAUUCACAGAGAAGAAAUAUUAGAAAUUAAAAAAGAAGAACCAAAAAUUAUAGAAAGAUCACAAGAACAAUUUAGGAAGUUUGACCCAACGUCACCUGCGAAACCUACUCCUAAACAUUUGCAAAGGCAUAUGAGAAAUGAAUCAAUGCGAUUCCCCUCAGGUGACUUUUCUAAUGUAACAAUCACCCCUAGAAAAUCUGUCAGUGAAACUACAGAAACCAAACACAUUUUAACAGAAAAAACAGACUCUUUUACAAAUGAAAUAAUAUCACAAAAAGAAAUUGUAAGUUCCAGAGUAGAAGAAAAAUUAGAUGAUGGUGAUCAUUCCCCUGAUUUAGUUGUGGAAGAUGACAAAGAUAUUGCAGAAGCUCCAUUAAAAGAAAAAAUUAGUUCUUUUGAAUCUAAAAUACUAAAAGAACCAUCUAUGGAACUACCGAAGACUACAGUGAAGUUAACCAAAGAAGCUCUGAAAAAGCAUACAAUGGAACAGGACCAGGCGGUAGAAUAUACACAAGAAUUUGUAAGAGAACAAUCUAAACAAAUAUCAACUACUGAAACACAAGAGCAUAUAGUGCAGAAAGAAAUGACUGAACAAACUGAUAUUAGUAAAUCCGUAAAAGAAACAAUACAGCAGUUUGACUCAAAAAUAAAAGAAGAGGAUAAGAGUAAAACUCUAUCAAAAACCGUCAGAACAGAUUCUACACUAGUUCAGGUUUCCUCAGAAGAAGACAGCGAAUUUUUGAAAAAAUCUACGGAUUCAGAAACUGAAACUGAAUCCAAAACGACCAUAAAAGGUGAUCAGUUAGAACAAAAAAGCAAAUUCAAACUUGAUAUGAAAUCUAACAUUCAAGAAAGUUUUGAGCACAAAAUUAAAGAGGAAAAACCAAAUGGAAAACAAGACAAAAAAUCUGACGAUGAUCAAAAGAAAGAUGAUCAAGCGUUGGUGAUUAAAUUCGAAAAGCAAAUGACGGAAGAAUUGAGGACAAAAGUAAGUGAAGAGGAAAUAAUGGAAGCUCUUGAGGAAAAAGACGUAUCUAUCAGUGAAAAGAUGAAAGAAAAGAUUGAAACUCAGUUAUCAAUAGCGAGUACUAAAUCAGAUUUAAGCAAACAUACCAAGACUGAUUCUAUGAGCUCCGAUGUACAAGACUUAAUUGCUCGUAAAAUUUCCCAAGAGUCCCCUAUACUAUCUGGUAUAGAUAAAGCAGAUUCUCUUGCUGACUUACAGCAGAGUACUGAAAAAGACUUCAGUUUUAUUUCACAAACUGAAUCAAAGGUAUAUUCCAAGGACUCGAAACACCGAGGUGAUUCUCUUGAUGAAGCAUCUCAAUUUUCUGACUUAGAGGACCAAAUUGGCACCAGCCCUGCCCAAAAGCCUUCUCAAGAUGAAGGAAUUGAAAAUGUGCUUCCUUCGAAUACAAAAGUUAAAAAUAUUUCAAUGGAUAUAUCGGGUAGAGCAAAUACUAGAGAUCAAACAUUAGAAUUUUUAAAAUAUGAAAACGAAUAUAGUGCACAAAUUAACGCACCUUUGGUUGCGGCAAUAAGCACAGAAAAGGUUUCUCCUAAAGAUUCACCUGUAAUUAGUGCAAAAGCUCGUCAAUUUAUAGAGACAGUUCCAGAAGAUGACUCUGUACAAGAAUGCUUCUUCUCUAAACGUAUAUAUUCCGAUUCAUUAGAAGACUCUGAACACACGGAUUCACGAAGACAUUCGGAAGCGGAUUCCUUAAAAUCAGAUCAAUCGGACGUUAAAGCCAAAGUGUCAUCGAGUGAUUUUGACGAAAGAGCGGAAUAUGAAGAAACUGUAGAUUCAGGCAGUGGUUUUGGAGAUGAAAAAUUCGAAGAAAGCAUUGGAUUUACUUCAAUGAGAAUUGAGUCUCAGUCUUUAGAAAAACAGGACUCUGAAUCAGAUAAAGAACCAGAAUUAAUAUUUAAGAAAAUGACCCCGAAACGGCAUUCGCGGACCGAAUCAGUAUCUAUCACUAAACUUAGUGACUUGCAGAAUGAUAUCGAAACUCCUAAACUUAAACAAGAGUUCCAUAUUUUUGUAACUGAAGCAGAAGAAAUUGAUAAAUCAUUUGAAAAAGACGAAGGUUCUGAUAAAAUCUCAUCUGAAAGUAGUCGAGAAAUUGAAAUUUCUGAAAGAAAAUCUUCAGAAGGUAUUUCUGAUAAAAUUAGCUCUGAAGAUGCUGUAACUGAAAAAAAGACAUCUUCCGAGGAAGAUGCUCUGAAAGAAAAAGAUCAAGUUUUGGAUGACGAUAAAGACAGAACAGAAUCGAUUAUGAAAGAGGUUUUCAAAGAAAUGGAAAAAGUAGAUACCAAAUUGUACAAAGAAGAUACAGUUGAAAAAGUUGAUGCUAGUAAACGGCAGUCAGUCACUUCAGCUGGAUCUGGUUCAGUAACUGAACUCCGUUUAGAAGAAAAGCGUUUAUCUGAUGCAUACAGUCUAACUGAGUCAAGGGAUUACACAUUUGAAGAAUCUGAAGAUGAUAUUGGUACACAAGGAACACAUGUAGAUGUAUCCAAAGAAAGGGUAGAAAUAAAAUUCGAAACUGAUAAAACUAAAAUAGGAAAAUCAAGUGAUUCUAAAUUAGCGAAAUUAACGCAUGGCGAUUCUUUGGAUGAUGUCGAAGGAUUUCCUGAGGAUCAUGUAACAGAUUACGUUCAUAAAUUACCGCAGAUAACUGAAGUGGGAUCUGUUCAAGACAAAGAAAUUGUUAAUGAAUUUUUGAGCCGUGAACGAGAAGAACAAUUAAAACGUGAAACGGCUAUUAUCACGCCAAAGUCAGUUGAAGCAUCACCAUCCAAAAUACUAAAAGUAUCACAGAUAAAAACUGUAUCUAAUGCUGAAGAUCAGUCAUCAGAAAUAAUAGAGACUAAUAUUAUGAAAAAAGAUAUUAUUAGUUCUGUAGAGAGUAGUAGUAAAUUUGAUGUUACCAAAUUACGUACUGAUACACUAGGCAAAUUCAAUUUAGAGGAUGAACAUGAAGAAACAAAGAGAUAUGUGCCUAAAGAUUUGGAUUUGAAAGAGGUUCCUGAAAUUACCAAAGAACAAGUUAAACCAGUAAUUGAUGAUAUCCUACAAAAAGGAACUAUUGUUGCCGCUGCAAGAAGUCCAAUCCUCGAAAAAGACAUGAAAAUUGUGACAAAAGAUAUUAUGGAAUCCGAAAGAAGAUCAUAUGAUGCCAAAGUUCCACAUAAGGAAGAACGAAGACAUUCGUGUAUUAGUCCUGCAAUUUCUUUAGAAAGAAUAGCAGAAUCAGAGGUUGAAAGUGAGGAAGAAGAACUGCCUAAAUCCAUGGAGAUUGUCCCUGAAACGCGUAUAAUAACUGAAAUAAGUAAUGAAAUGAAAAAAUCUGACUCUGCCAUGAAACAAAUGGCUGAUAACAUUGAAAUAAUAAUUAAACAAGCAUCUGAAGAUAUAGAUGGUUCUUCAGAAGAGCAAAUAAUUGAGCCCGCUGAAAUACAGGAUAUUUCUGGACAAGUAUCUGUCGACUCUAUUAUAGAAGAAGCUGUGACAACUGUAGAAAAGUUUUUUGAGUCACCCAAUGAUGCGAAAGAAAUGGAAAUAGAAACUAAAAAAGAAGUCGUUUAUGAAGAGACUAAAAAGUUUGCAAAAGACAGACCAGGUUUGAUUAAAUCAUUAUCAAGAGAUAGUGGAGAAAUAGUAAUAAUGCCAAAGAAAAAACAUCCUAGGACAUUUUCUGUACAAAGUUCUCCAGAUGAAGUUGAAGAACAAAUUUACACCGACUCUGAAUCUGACAUGGACAAAGCAAAAGUAUUAGAAAUUAUUGAACCUGGUUCUGAUCUUGAUGGUAAGAUUGCUGUGUCUAGUUUUGAUCCACGAAAACUAAGAACUGAUUCAUUGGACGAUGCUGAUGACUUUCCCGAAAAAGAGAAUGAAUAUUUUGAAGAAGAUGAAAAGUAUACCAACGCACCAGGAACUAAAUUAAAAGAGAAUGCAGAAAUUACUUAUAGUGUUGCACCUAGUAGCAGUGGGGCACAAAUCGAUACAGAAGAUGACAAAUCGUCAGAUAAACUUCCAAAGAAAACUCAUUUUGUUGAUAGAAUAUUGCACACAGAUUUAGUAUCAAAAUCUACUACAGAGUCUUCAGUUACAACAGUUGUAUCGACAUUGACAAAGUCAUCAGAUGAAGAUCAAAAAUCAAUUUUAGAAGAAGGAACAUCCACUGAAUUAUCUAAGCUUAGUGGAGCGGAACUAAUAAAAGAUCCAUCUAAAACCUCAAUGGAUGCAAAAGAAGAUCCAAAAGUAGAAGAGCCAGUUGAAGACCGUGGCACUCCUGACUUAUCCAAAAAGUCUGUUGAUUUAACAAAAGAUUAUUCAAAAUCUUCGAUUGAUAGUAAAGAUACCUCUCGAGAUUUUGCUACAAAUGAAUUAUCCAAAGACUCAACAGUGGACUUAACUAAGGAUUAUUCAAAGGCAUCGGUUGAAAGUGUCAAAGAAACAUCAAAAUCAAUUGACGAGAAAACUUUUUCCGAAGACCAUUCUUCUCUAGAAGUCUCCAAAACCCUUGCAUCAGAUGUAUCAGAUGGUAUUACUAUAAGCAGGGACUUCCUCGAAGAAGAAAGAUCUGUGUCUAGAAUAGUCAAAGUAUCAAGCAGCUCUUCACAAGAAACUUCUGUUAUGACUGAAAGUAAAUUACUUAGUGAUCAUGAAUAUUUAGAUAAAACAAGAACGCUAGAGACGCAAUCUGAGAGAGAUUUUAUAGGAGAAAUUGAUGAAAGAAUAGCUGAACUGAAAUCAGAAUUCAAAAAAGAAGAUAUUGUUCAAGAAUCGUCCAAGCAAGAUUUAUCUGCAUUAGAUAAGCAUGUCGAAGAAAAAACUGACGAUCAAGAAGUAGAAAAUGAAGUACCAGAUAUGAGUGAACUCAAUAGAAGAUGUUCUAAUUUAUUGGAAGAUAUAUCACAAGGAGCUUUAAUAAGAAUUGACUCAACACAUGUAACGCACGAUCUCACAUCAAAGUUCUCUAAAACUCCGCCACCUUCACCAGUAGAUCUCCAUUUAAAAGAUAAAUCAAAGUUGGAAGAAAGUACUGGCGAUAAACACACCGGGCUACAACUAAAAGGUACCGAUUCGUCAUUCCUGGAUGCUAGUCGUCAGUCCCCGAGGGCUUCAUCAGCUGGUGACAGCCUUAUUAGUGAAACUGAGGCCCAUCAAAGUGAUAUAUUAACGGAAGCAUCUAAGGUAUUGACCGAAGCCGCCAGGCCGAAAUCUCCUACAAAACACAUCGCCGAUAAUUUGUCAUUUAUAAAUGUUGACCAACCGACCCUUACAAGUGGAGCUAUUGAACUUGUUGAUCGUACAAUAGAAAAAAGCAUUGACGUAAUCGAUCAAAUUAAGAAAGAGCAACUUGCAGUGAAAAUGGAAGAAAUGCAAAAAUCAAUGACAUCUGAUACAUUCUUUGCUGGAUCAAGAGUAGAAACAUCUACAUCUUCUUCUUCAGUGCAUAAAACAUUUGAAGGUUCUGAAUUGAAGUUCCAGUCAAUCGAUCCACAAGCAGUUAUAUCCGAUAUGGUUGCCAAGUUUGGUUCCACUGAAGAAUACAGUACAAUUUUAUCACAUAAAGAAACAGAAACAAGAAAAAUUUCUGGACAAGAGUACUUUUCAGAAACUAAACAAGUAUCUUCUUCUGAUGAUGACUCACUUAUAAUUAAAACUGAAACCACACAUGAGCUACGUGGUCAAGAGCAUGAAACUAAAGAAAAAACAACGCUUCGCCGAGAAGGUGAUCAAACAGAAACAUCUUUAAAGAAAUUGGAAAAGGCUCAUGAAGCCUCCGCUAAAAGAUCUGACGUAGAAACUAAAACUGUAUCCAAAAGCACAGAUGAUACCGAUAUAGUGAAAGUGGAGCGUGAAUUUUUAGAACAAGGAUUAUAUACAGGGCGUCAGACUAAAUCAGAAGAAAGAAUGACUGCGCUUAAAGAUGACACUGUAAAGAAAAAACAUGAAGUGAAAAUUUCUGAGAGAGAAUUGUCACAUGAACAAUGGGGUAAGGAAUAUUUUACAGAGCCAGGUGAACUUGAAGAUAUAAGAGAAGAUGAAGAUUCAAAAUCGAGAACAGCGUUUAUAGAUUCAUCUUUAAAAAUUGUAGAAAAGGAUGAAAGGGUUUCUUGUGUUGAAGUAUCAGCAAAAGGUAAACUAAUCAGUUCAAAAAUAGAGCAUCACAAAGAAGAAUCUAUUAUAGAGAGUAAGGAACAUGAUGAUCUUAGUUCCGAUGUAUCUCAUGCAACAAGUUUCAAAAGUGAAACAGUUGAAAGACGAGGUUCUUCUGAAAGUAGCCCUAAAAGUAAAUCAAAGUCUUUCAAAAAAGAUGACGAAGUCUAUGAAGUAGAUUUCAUAAAGGAAAUAAAAGUGUCUACGUCCCCUAUCAAGAGUACAUUUAGCAGAACUGGUAGUCAAGAUACACAAUCUGAAUCAGAAAUAGCACCAGAUUUACCUCAUGAUGAUAAAACUAAUGAAACACCAAAAAAAGAAAAAUUCGCUAAAUCUCCAGUUAAGCUUCCAUUACAGCAACUACAAGACCAAGUUUGGGAAGUUUCAUUACAAAAAACAGAUUCUUUUGAAAUGGCCGAUGAUUUUAUUAAAUCACCUAAACUUAAAACUACUACAAGUGAGACCACCUCAAUCACCACAAAAAGUUCUGAUAGUGAUGGUGGUGAAGUACAAACAGUAAUGGAUACGAAACUUGAUGUAAUAGCAAAAACAUUAAAGAGUGACAUGUCUCCAAGCACAUUAGAAAUUUCUGACGAUAUGAGUAUUGCGUCAAAAGACAUCAUGAUUAAAUCUGGGGAAAGUAUUGAUACUGAAUGUAUGAUAAAAUCGUUAGAAUCCCAUGAAGGUGAAGCUUUACAGAAAUCAAUAGAUUCAACAAUGAGCGCUGAAACUUUGCAUGCAUCGGAAUUUUCCACAGAAGUAGAUUCAGCAUUUUUAACUGGCACCGCUACUGAUAGAAAGGAAGAGGUUAAGUUGGUUAAAGAAAAAAGCCUUGAAGAUAUUUGCAGUAGUGGUUAUGACACUGACCUCUCUUCUGCUGAGUUUCAUGCAACGAAACUAGAGUCAGAACGAGUGGAUUUUGAUUCUCUAAUGUCUGCUCAACCACUCGCUGACUUAUCAGUUUUGGAAAAAACUAUAGAUGAAGUUAAGCAGUCUCUUGAGGCAGCACAAGUUGAAAUAAUUAGUGAAAAAAGUGAUGGUAGCAGUAAGUAUAAACAGUCACCAUCAGAGUUCCAAUUUAAGCUCUUGAUCAGUCCAGAUAGACCUGAAGUCAUAACAGAAGAACCACUCUAUUCUGACGAUCAUAUAGACAAAGCUAUUUCUGAUAGUGCGGUGGCUGAAAAACACUUGGAUAGUCAAAAAUCGGAUAGUGUGUCUCAAAAAAUUAGCUCCCAAGACGAAACAACAAUUUCAGAUGAAGAAAAAGACACAGUUCAUAUUAAAGAAUCAAGUGUUCCGUUAGAUGGAGCAGAUAUAUCAAUUAAAUCUGAUAGUGGUCCUCAUUCAAUCUUGGAAACUGAAAGUGAGAUUAUUUUGUCGGACAGGGAUUGUUCUUCAAUAGGAAGUCCAGAAGUAAAACUCAGAGUUCAGAAACAUAUUAAAUCCAAAUUGGGAGUAGUAGAAAGACGUUCGGCUUCAGAAGUUGAAGGAUGGUCUAGUUCAGGUGAAAGCCACUAUCAUAGUUUCGAUCACACAGAAAGUAGGCCACUUUCAUCUGACGUUGAAGUUAUGAUGACAGCUCAAAGUGCCACUGAAUUUGACACAGCACUUACUAGUCACGAUGUGUCUUCGCAGUCACUAAGAACUUCAAAAGACUAUUAUACAGCUGCCAGUUCGCUUACUUCAAGAGACAGUAUGAAAAGCUUAGAUUCAGAUGGUUCUAGUCAUGUAGCUAGUAUUGAUAUUUCGGACGCAUCAGAAACCCUUGUCCCUUCUGCAAAUGAGUUAAAAGAAGAGUUAAUGGAAAGUAGCACUUAUGUUGAACAGUUUUUACAGGAAGGUGAAAAAGGGCAAUCAUUAAAAGUUAAAGACGUAAGCGAUGAAGAAGUAUCGGGUGAUGAGGAAGAACCUAAAGGAGAACUCAUAGAUGAACCAGUAGGGAAAAUGAAAAGGUCUCAUGAAAUGAGAUUUCAACCAAAAGACAUGAUACCAGAACAUUUUCCUCUUGAAAGCAUGUCAGAAAAUGUUGAAGCAGAGGAAGACUCCUCUAAGGAAAAGGACGGUUCUGAUACUACAAUAUCAAGUCAACUAAAAACAGAUGAAAAUCUUUCUUCAUCAAUUUCAAAACUAGAUUUACCAUCAUCACAGUCUGUAUUAGAAAUAGAAAAGAAAACUAAAUCUGAGGAUAAUAUUAAAUCUUCGUUCCAUGAAGUUCAGGCAAAACCAUUUUCAAUCACUAAAAUUGAAAAACCUGAAAGACAAUUUGUUGAUAUUGAAAGUGAGAUUAUUCCUGUUGGUUCUGAAGAAUAUGAAGAAAUCGUUAAACAUGGAACCUUAACUGCUAAGUCUUUAAAAUCUCCAAAAGAAGAAAAAUCAAUAAUUAAAACUUCAGUUUACAGCGCUGAACAAGUUCCUAGUAGUAGAUUUUCUGAAGAAAAGCUUAAUGAAGUGACAGAACAAUGUACAAAAAAAAUUGUAAAAGAGGUCAGUGUAAUACCUUUUCCGAUAACGGAAAUACCGCCUAGUAAAAGAGAAUUUGUCGACGUUGAAGCAGAAAUAAUUUUUGAAGGAUCAUCACAGUAUGAAGAAAUUCUUAAGUCUAAAAGCGAUUCCUCAGUUCCUAAAACAAAGACUGAAAAAUCUAUUGCAAAAACUCCGGAAUCUCAGUUGGAGAGCAAACAAAGCUCAACUUCAAGUUUGAAAACUCAUGAACAUCUGUCUACUCCACAAACUCCAUUAUCUGCACCAAGUCAGAGUUCACUGUCUACUGACAAUGGACGAGAAUACGUACUUGAUGAUAUGUAUGAUAUUUCUGAAACUCCAGAAUUGAGAUCUGAUUUAGUUACAGAGAAUAGUAAAUCGGAGCUUGUAGUAACAACAGAAGAAAGAGCUAUGCAUAGUUACGAAAAAGAACAAGAAUCCCCUACCAGUGAUGAAUUCGAAAUGGUUGAUAAGCCUAGUGAAAUGGAUGACUUUGUAGUCAUUGAAGAAGUUGCUAAGGAAGCUCAAGAAACCGAUACUGAAGGAAAAAGUGUACAAAUUAAGAGCCAAAAGUAUAUUAAAAAACACGAUACAGAAGUCGAAGAAUAUUUAUCAAAAGCUUCCAAAAAACAAGAAAGCACUAGUAGUGGGACAUCAGGAUCUUUAUCCGAUGAAGAAUUACUUCAGUAUGAAAUAGAACAAAAGCGAUUGCAAGCACAAGAAUUGGCUGAAAUUGAAGCGGGUAAGCGCUGGAUACAAAUGCAAUUUGAAGGUGAUCCGAGGUAUGAUUAUGAAAGGAUACCACUGGAAGACAUAAAAGAAGAGGAAAUGACUGAUUUUGAUGCCAGUAGAAUAGGUAGUUUGAGUUCACAAAAAGAAUCUAUCGGUAGUUUUGGAAGUUUUAGGAAUUCGUAUGGUAGCUUAUCUGAAUCAGAAAUGGCAUCUCGAAUAAGAUUCAGAGUGAAAGGAGAAAACGAUGAUAUAUCAAUAAGUUCACUGCAAGAAUUCGAAAAUCUUGAAAAAGCGUUAAUGGAACAGUAUCAACAAUACUCAUCGUCAUCACAGGAUUCCUUGAAUGGAUCCCUACCAAGAAGAUAUAUUCUUAGUAGAAGUCAAGGCGAUGAUAUAUCUAUUUCUAGUUUAAAAGAAUUUGAGGGCUUAGAAACUGCUUGUCUCGAAGCGCUAAGAGCUGAAAUUCUUGCCAAGCAAAAAGAAGCUUUACUAUUAGCUGAUCCUAAAGAGGUUAGUGGGAGCUUCUUAGAAAGAGAAAAACGUUCAUAUAGUGGAAGUUCAGAAAGUAGUCCUCCUCAAAAAGGAGGAAGCCCGAGUCAAAAAAGUGGAAGUCCAUCACAAAAAGGUGGUAGUCCUUCCCAAAAACUUGGCAGUUAUGGUAGCCCCUCUCAAAAACUUUUGACAGAUUCAGCAUCCAUACGGAAACUUAUUGAUCAACAAAUGGCCCUAGAGCAAAAGUUACAAGAACAGAUUACUCCUAAAGUAAUAACAGUGAAAAAAUUUGACGAUAGGGGAGCAUUUUUUGUACCAGAACCAGAUCCUGAAAAAGAAAGUGAAAUUAAGCCAUGUGAAGUUACUGAAGAAUGCAUUAAGACAUCGUCUUUUGUAUGCGCCGCAGCUCCGAGUGACGGUUCGGCUGAAUCAAUUCCUGGAGACUGUGAAGAAAUGAUGAAAAUAUUGGAUCAAGAAGAAAAAUCUAAGCAAUCACAAAUCGUCACUAGAACUAUCACAGAUGGAGGAACGAUUGAAGUUGUACGAACGACUACGGUCAUACAACAGAAAUUCGUAGAUGGAAAGAAAGUGUCCGAGACAGUAACGAGCACUGACGGAGAUGGUGCUGUAGAUAUUCCAUCAAAACCGCAACGUUUUGACGAAAUUUCCCAAAUGUCAGUAGGUUCUGAAAUGUCUUCGUCGAUAGUGUCACAGUCUUCAGAAAUGGAUAGUAUUAUGACAGUUUUAGAUCGGCAUACAUCAGAUGGCGAAACCGUGACUGUUACUAAACAUACUAUAAUUAUGUCCUCUGAGAAACCAGAAGAUUUGGAAUUUUCUAGAGAAAGUAGCACAGUACGAGAGCUUUCGCCCUCCUCAGGGAGAUCGAUAGCUCAUGGCAUUAUUGCCCUUUCUGGUAAACAUUUUACAGAUCCAGCUAGUGGUUCGUGGAGCGGCCAGGAUGAAGAAUUGAGCUCGUCUGGAAGUUUCAGCAGGUAA